AUGGCCAGCACCACCUCUCCUCUCCUCCUCCUGCUCGCCGCCGUGGCAGUGGCGAUGCUUGUCGUCGCACCAGUUUCGUCGGCAGACUUGCCAUCCGGUUUUGCGUCCAUCACGUCCAAGAUCCCAAACCCUUGGUCGGCGUUCCAGAACCUCACCGGUUGCCACUUCGGCGAGCAGCAGCAGGGCCUCGCCAAGGUCAAGGACUACCUCUCCCACUUCGGCUACCUCCCCGAGUCGUCCGGGUUCAACGACAUCUUCGACGCCGACCUGGAGGAAGCCAUCAAGGUGUACCAGCGCAACUUCGGCCUCGACGUCACCGGCGUGAUGGACGCGUCCACGGUGGCCCAGAUGAUGGCUCCGCGGUGCGGCGUCGCGGACAUCAUCAACGGCACGUCCACCAUGGGCGGCGGCGCGGGCGCCUCCUCGUCGCACGUCCACGGCCGGAACCUCUUCACCUACUUCCCCGGUUCCCCGGCGUGGCCGCGCUCCAAGAAGAGCCUCACGUACGCCAUCACGCAGACCUCCCUGACGUCCAUCGACCGGGCGACGCUGAGCCAGGUGUUCGCGCGCGCGUUCGCGCGGUGGUCCGCGGCCACGACGCUCAACUUCACGGAGACCGCGUCGGCGAAGGAUGCCGACAUCACCAUCGGGUUCUACGCGGGGGACCACGGCGACGGCGAGGCGUUCGACGGGCCCCUGGGCACGCUGGCGCACGCCUUCUCCCCGACGAACGGGCGGUUCCACCUGGACGCGGCCGAGGCGUGGGUCGCCACGGGCGACGUGUCGCGUGCGUCCUCGGACGUGGCCGUGGACCUCGAGUCCGUGGCGGUGCACGAGAUCGGGCACCUCCUCGGCCUCGGCCACUCGGCGGAGCCCAGCGCCAUCAUGUACCCGACCAUCACCUCGCGCACCAGGAAGGUGGACCUGGCCGAGGACGACGUCGCGGGCAUCCAGAACCUGUACGGGGGCAACCCCAACUUCAAGGGCGUCGCGCCGCCGGCCACCAGCAGCCGGGACAUGGACAGCGCCGCCGGCGCAAGCUCCCGACCGUGGAGCGCGUUGGUCAGCGCCGUAGCCGUGGCCGCUGGGCUCGCGGUGGUAGCGUUGUAG